AUGGAGCCAUCCUCACCCCAGGAUGAGGGCCUGAGGAAGAAACAGCCCAAGAAGCCCGUUCCUGAGAUCCUGCCCAGGCCACCCCGGGCCUUGUUCUGCCUCACCUUGCAGAACCCGGUGAGGAAGGCCUGCAUCAGCAUCGUGGAAUGGAAACCCUUCGAGACCAUCAUCUUGCUCACCAUCUUUGCCAACUGCGUGGCCCUAGCUGUGUACCUGCCCAUGCCAGAGGACGACAACAACACCUUGAACCUCGGCCUGGAGAAACUGGAGUACUUCUUCCUCAUCGUCUUCUCCAUUGAGGCUGCGAUGAAGAUCAUUGCCUACGGCUUCCUGUUCCACCAGGACGCCUACCUGCGCAGUGGCUGGAACGUGCUGGACUUUAUCAUCGUCUUCCUGGGGGUGUUCACCGUGAUUCUGGAACAGGUUAACGUCAUCCAAAGCCACACAGCCCCCCUGAGCAACAAAGGGGCCGGCCUGGACGUCAAGGCCCUGAGAGCCUUCCGUGUGCUCAGACCCCUCCGGCUGGUGUCGGGGGUGCCCAGCCUGCAGGUGGUCCUCAACUCCAUCUUCAAGGCCAUGCUCCCCUUGUUCCACAUCGCCCUGCUCGUCCUCUUCAUGGUCAUCAUUUACGCCAUCAUUGGGCUGGAGCUUUUCAAGGGCAAGAUGCACAAGACUUGCUACUUCACUGGGACAGAUAUCGUGGCCACAGUGGAAAACGAGAAGCCCUCACCCUGUGCCCGGAUGGGCUCAGGGCGCCGGUGCACCAUCAAUGGCAGCGAGUGUCGGGGUGGCUGGCCGGGGCCCAACCACGGUAUCACCCACUUCGACAACUUCGGCUUCUCCAUGCUCACCGUGUACCAGUGCAUCACCAUGGAGGGCUGGACCGACGUCCUUUACUGGGUGAACGAUGCCAUUGGGAACGAGUGGCCCUGGAUCUAUUUUGUCACCCUGAUUCUGCUGGGGUCCUUCUUCAUCCUCAACCUGGUCCUGGGUGUCCUGAGUGGAGAAUUCACCAAGGAGCGGGAGAAGGCCAAGUCCAGGGGGACUUUCCAGAAGCUCCGGGAGAAGCAGCAGCUGGAGGAGGAUCUGCGUGGCUAUAUGAGCUGGAUCACGCAGGGCGAGGUCAUGGACGUGGAUGACCUGAGAGAAGGGAAGUUGUCUUUGGAAGAAGGCGGCUCUGACACAGAAAGCCUGUAUGAAAUCGAGGGCUUGGACAAAAUCAUCAAGUUCAUCCGACACUGGAGGCACUGGAACCGCAUCUUUCGCUGGAAGUGCCACGACGUGGUGAAGUCCAGAGUCUUCUACUGGCUGGUCAUCCUGAUCGUCGCCCUCAACACUGUGUCCAUCGCCUCUGAGCACCACCACCAGCCACUCUGGUUGACUCACUUGCAAGAUGUUGCCAACCGGGUGCUGCUGUCGCUCUUCACCGUGGAGAUGCUGAUGAAGAUGUACGGGCUGGGCCUGCGCCAGUACUUCAUGUCAGUCUUCAACCGCUUCGACUGCUUCGUGGUGUGCAGCGGUGUCCUGGAGAUCCUGCUGGUGGAGUCAGGCGCCAUGAACCCGUUGGGCAUCUCUGUGCUGCGUUGCAUCCGCCUGCUCCGGCUCUUCAAGAUCACCAAAUACUGGACGUCACUAAGCAACCUGGUGGCUUCCCUGCUCAACUCUGUCCGCUCCAUUGCCUCCCUGCUGCUGCUGCUCUUCCUCUUCAUCGUCAUCUUUGCCCUGCUGGGCAUGCAGCUCUUCGGGGGCAGGUACGACUUUGAGGACACUGAGGAACGGCGCAGCAACUUUGACACCUUCCCGCAGGCCCUCAUCAGUGUCUUCCAGGUCCUGACAGGGGAGGACUGGACCUCCGUGAUGUACAACGGGAUCAUGGCCUACGGCGGCCCGUCCUACCCCGGAGUGCUCGUGUGCAUUUAUUUCAUCAUCCUGUUCAUCUGUGGCAACUAUAUCCUGCUCAACGUCUUCCUGGCCAUCGCUGUGGACAACCUGGCUGAGGCGGAGAGCCUCACUUCUGCCCAGAAGGCCAAGGCCGAGGAGAGGAAGCGCAGGAAGCUGUCCAAGGGUCUCCCAGACAAGUCGGAGGAGGAGAAGUCAGUGAUGGCCAGGAAGCUGGAACAGAAACCCAAGGGCGAGAACAUCCCCACCACCGCCAAGCUGAAAAUCGAUGAGUUUGAAUCAAAUGUGAACGAGGUGAAGGACCCCUACCCCUCGGCUGACUUCCCAGGGGAUGAUGAAGAAGAUGAGCCUGAGAUCCCGCUGAGCCCCCGGCCACGACCACUGGCUGAGCUACAGCUGAAGGAGAAGGCUGUGCCCAUUCCCGAAGCCAGCUCCUUCUUCAUCUUCAGCCCCACCAAUAAGAUCCGCGUCCUGUGUCACCGCAUCGUCAAUGCCACCUGGUUCACCAACUUCAUCCUGCUCUUCAUCCUGCUCAGCAGUGCCGCCCUGGCCGCCGAGGACCCCAUCCGGGCGGAGUCUGUGAGGAAUCAGAUCCUUGGAUACUUUGACAUUGCCUUCACCUCAGUCUUCACGGUGGAGAUUGUCCUCAAGAUGACGACCUAUGGUGCCUUCCUGCACAAAGGCUCCUUCUGCCGCAACUACUUCAACAUCCUGGACCUGCUGGUGGUGGCUGUGUCCCUCAUCUCCAUGGGCCUCGAGUCCAGUGCCAUCUCGGUGGUGAAAAUCCUGAGGGUGCUGAGGGUGCUCCGGCCCCUCCGGGCCAUCAACAGAGCCAAAGGGCUGAAGCACGUGGUGCAGUGUAUGUUCGUGGCCAUCAGCACUAUCGGGAAUAUUGUCCUGGUCACCACCUUCCUACAGUUCAUGUUCGCCUGCAUUGGCGUCCAGCUCUUCAAGGGGAAGUUCUUCAGCUGCAACGACUUAUCCAAGAUGACAGAAGAGGAGUGCAGGGGCUAUUACUACGUGUACAAGGACGGGGACCCCACGCAGAUACAGCUGCGUCGACGCGAGUGGGUUCACAACGACUUCCACUUCGACAACGUGUUCUCAGCCAUGAUGUCGCUCUUCACAGUCUCCACUUUUGAGGGGUGGCCUCAGCUUCUGUACAAGGCCAUAGAUUCACACGCAGAGGACAUGGGCCCCAUCUACAACAACCGCGUGGAGAUGGCCAUCUUCUUUAUCAUCUACAUCAUCCUCAUCGCCUUCUUCAUGAUGAACAUCUUUGUGGGCUUCGUCAUCGUCACCUUCCAGGAGCAGGGAGAGACUGAAUACAAGAACUGUGAGCUGGACAAGAACCAGCGCCAGUGUGUGCAGUAUGCCCUGAAGGCCCGCCCACUGAGGUGCUACAUCCCCAAAAACCCCUACCAGUACCAGGUAUGGUACAUCGUCACCUCCUCCUACUUCGAAUACCUGAUGUUCGCCCUCAUCAUGCUCAACACCAUCUGCCUGGGCAUGCAGCACUACAACCAGUCAGAGCAGAUGAACCACAUCUCGGACAUCCUCAAUGUGGCCUUCACCAUCAUCUUCACUUUAGAGAUGGUCCUCAAGCUCAUGGCAUUCAAGGCCAAGGGCUAUUUUGGAGACCCCUGGAAUGUGUUUGACUUCUUGAUUGUCAUCGGCAGCAUCAUUGAUGUCAUCCUCAGUGAGAUUGAUACUUUCCUGGCCUCCAGCGGGGGACUGUAUUGCCUGGGUGGAGGCUGCGGGAACGUUGAUCCAGACGAGAGUGCCCGCAUCUCCAGCGCCUUCUUCCGCCUGUUCCGGGUCAUGAGGCUGAUCAAGCUGCUGAGCCGGGCCGAGGGCGUGCGCACGCUGCUGUGGACGUUCAUCAAGUCCUUCCAGGCCCUGCCCUACGUGGCUCUGCUCAUAGUGAUGCUCUUCUUCAUCUAUGCUGUCAUCGGCAUGCAGAUGUUCGGAAAGAUCGCCCUGGUGGACGGGACCCAGAUAAACCGCAACAACAACUUCCAGACCUUCCCGCAGGCUGUGCUGCUGCUCUUCAGGUGCGCGACAGGUGAGGCGUGGCAGGAGAUCCUCCUGGCCUGUAGCUAUGGCAAGCUGUGCGACCCUGAGUCGGACUACGCCCCGGGUGAGGAGUACACGUGUGGCACCGGCUUCGCCUACUACUACUUCAUCAGCUUCUACAUGCUCUGCGCCUUCCUGAUCAUCAACCUCUUUGUGGCUGUCAUCAUGGACAACUUUGACUACCUCACGCGGGACUGGUCCAUCCUGGGCCCCCAUCACCUGGAUGAGUUCAAGGCCAUCUGGGCAGAGUACGACCCGGAGGCCACGGGCAGAAUCAAACACCUGGAUGUGGUGACCCUGCUGAGGAGGAUCCAGCCCCCUCUGGGCUUUGGGAAAUUCUGCCCCCACCGGGUGGCAUGUAAGCGCCUGGUGGGCAUGAACAUGCCGCUGAACAGCGAUGGCACCGUCACCUUCAACGCCACUCUCUUUGCCCUGGUCCGCACGGCACUGAAGAUCAAGACGGAAGGUAACUUUGAGCAGGCCAACGAGGAGCUGAGGGCCAUCAUCAAGAAGAUCUGGAAGAGAACCAGCAUGAAGCUCCUAGACCAGGUCAUCCCGCCAAUCGGAGAUGAUGAGGUGACUGUGGGGAAGUUCUAUGCCACAUUCCUCAUCCAGGAGCACUUCCGGAAGUUCAUGAAGCGCCAGGAGGAGUACUAUGGGUAUCGCCCCAAGAAGGACACGGUACAGAUCCAGGCUGGUCUGCGGACCAUUGAGGAGGAGGCUGCCCCUGAGAUCCGCCGCACCAUCUCCGGGGACCUGACGGCUGAAGAGGAGCUGGAGAGAGCCAUGGAGGAGGCCGCAAUGGAGGAGGGCAUAUUCCGGAGGACUGGAGGCCUGUUUGGCCAGGUGGACAACUUCCUGGAAAGGACCAACUCCCUCGCUCCCAUGAUGGCCAACCAGAGACCCCUCCAGUUCACUGAGAUAGAGAUGGAAGAGCUGGAAUCACCUGUCUUCUUGGAGGACUUCCCUCAAGAUCCAAGCACCCAUCCUCUUGCUCAUGCCAAUACUAACAACGCCAACGCCAAUACUGCCUAUGGCAACAGCAACCAUAGCAACAACCAGGCGUUGUCCAGCAUCCACUAUGAAAGGGGGUUCCCUGGAAAGGCAGAGCCACCUGCUGCCCAAGGAGGAGCCCACAGCCGACCCCAAAGGGCCCUAGGACCCCACAGCAAAGCCCAUGUGGAAAGGCUGAGAGGACAGCUGACCCGUGGAGCAGUGCCCAGUGUCCAGGCCACUCCUGCCCUCUGCCAGUGGACCAGGGAAACGCCUCCCCUGCCUGAGGAGAGGGAGAGCCCCACCCCAGGCUGUCAGUCUGAGGAGACGCCCCACAGCCGUAGAACCGAGGGGAGUCCUUCCCGGUGCCCGGCUCCAGCAACAGCCCUCCUGAUUCAAGAGGCUCUGGUUAGAGGGGGCCUGGACACCCUGGCGGCUGACACUGGCUUCAUCCUAGUAACUGGCCAUGCCCUGGCAGAGGCCUGCCAGAUGGACCCAGAGGACGUGGAGGUGGCAGCCGCAGAGCUGCUGAAAGGACGGGAGUCCCCAGAGGGCGUGGACCGUGGCCCCGGAUGCCUGAGCCUCAGGUCUUCCGUGGGCAGCCUCGACCAGCGUCAGGGCUCUCAGGAGACCCUGAUCCUCCACAGGCUGUGAGAGCCCAGCCCUCAGCAGAUGGACAGAGCGCCGGCAUGGCCAAGGCUGGGGAAGGGGGUUCCAGAGUGGAGGAGGAGGCCUCCCUCCUUGGCAACUAAAUGGGUGCACUGAGUAGGGGGGGCCGGGAUCUACCUCCAGGUCAGGAGGAAGCGGCUGACGCCCUUCUCACCAGCGGGAGCUGUGACUGGGUACAGCUUCUGCUGUCAUUCAAACAGGCCUGCCCAGAGCCAGGGGCGUCUGGCUCAAGGCCACUCUCAGCAGCAGGACA